AUGCAUUUGCAAACAGUGGGCUAUCAUCUUUACAAAAAUUUGAGAUGUAAUAAACUUUUUGAAAAUUGCAGAAGAAAUAUUAUUAUUAGUGCAUCUUCAUCACAAUGUAAAAUUAAUGAUGGGAAAGAUGGUGAUACCUCAAAAGAAAAGGAAAUAAUUAAAGAAGAGAACCUUAAAAAAUCAAAUACUAGCUUAAAAGAGUAUUCACCUGAGGAAAUUGACAAUAUUCUACAUAGAUUAAAAACAGGAGAUCAUUUGUAUCCUUAUAAUAGUCCAGCUGAAAAAAUAACUCAAAUAUUUGCCAACAGCUUUAAAUUAGAAUAUAAGAGAGCUGUAAACAAAUUAUCAGGUAUCAAAUUAGGUGAAUUGGAAGAUGAUUAUUUUCCUAGGGAAACUGAUAUUGUCGUGGUUGGGGGUGGAAUAAUUGGACUGUCAAUUGCUUAUGCAUUAAAACAAGAAUUUCCGAAUAAUAUUGACAUUGUUGUUGUUGAUAAAAAUGAGGAAGCUCCUUUGAAUGCUGCUAAUUUAGGUGUUGGAACUUUAAGUCAGUGCCAAUUUGAAGAAGAAGAAGAAUUGCUUAUGUCUAAAUAUUGUGUGGAAUUUUUGACUUCUUUCGAAAGGCAUACCAUUAUGCCUAGUCAUGAAGGUUUUAAAAUUCCUUUCGAACCAAUCGGAUCUCUUCUUUUAGCUAAUAAUGAAAAUUCUAAAAAAAUACUUCAAACUUGUGACACAUUAAAAAUGCAUAAUAUUGAAUCAAAUUUUUUGAGUGCAAACAUAAUGAAACAAAAGUUUCCUUGGUUAAAUACAGAAAAUAUUUUAUUUGGGAUUUCGAAAAAUAUUUACGAGGGAUUGUUUGAUCCUUGGUUAGUUUUAAAAGGAAUGAAGUGUAAAUUGAUAAACUUGGGUGUAAAAUUUGUUACAGCUGAAGUAUGCGACUUUGGAAAAAAAUAUGAGAUCCUUGACAGAGUUAUAUGUAAAUUACCAGAUAACAGUUAUAAUUCAAUACAAUAUGGAAUUUGUGUUUUAGCUAAUGGGACUGGAUCUAAAAAUUUGAUAGAUGUUUUAAAUGAAUUAGAAUUUAUGCACCUAAAAAUAAGGUAUCCUUUGGAAGAGAGAAAACGUUAUGAAUAUUGUUUUUACAACCCGAAUGGACCAGGACUUGACUGCCCUAUUAUUUUUGAUCCUGAAGGAGUUUAUUUUAGAAGAGAAGGAUUGAAUGGUCUAUAUGUGGCUGGUGUUUCAUCCAUUGAAAAUAAAAGUAAUGAAGAAAGUGGUCUAUAUGCAGUUUUCGAGAACAAAAUAAAACCUUUUUUGACAAAUAGAAUAGAUGGAUUUAAAGAUUUAGAGCUAAGGCAUGGGUGGAUAGAUUCAUAUGACACAAACAGUGCAAAUCAACUGGGAAUGAUCGGACCUCAUCCUUUAGAUUCAAGGUUAUAUUUUGCUUUAGGAUUUACAAAUCAAGGGUUACUGUAUGGACCAGCCAUCGGACGGGCUAUUAUGGAAUUAAUUUUUUAUUCUCAUUACAAGACAAUCGAUUUGUCUAAUUUUCAUCCGGAAAAUCUCGUCGCCUUUCAUCGGCCCACAUCGGGCAUUCCGAAAGUGUGUUACCGACAUCGUCCUCAAGCACACCGCAGAAUCAACACUCCGCUGUUUGUUCUUUGUCAAUGCGCGCAAGGUACGAGCCAAAGACACCGUGUUCCGUUAAUAUUUGCGUGA